AUGCAAGUCAAUACAAAUGUUGCUGUCAAUACGAACAAGGCCGAAGCCAAACAAUUGAAUACACCACUUCGUGGAACUCCGGUCCAUAUCAAUCCUGAUGCUAAAUGGAUACGUGACGGUGUUACUGUAGCAGGAGGCAAUGAAUAUGGACCUGAGUUAAAUCAAUUCUAUUGGCCAAAAGGUUUGCAUGUAGAUGAUGAUCAAACAGUCUAUGUUGCUGAUCAAGUAAAUAGUCGUAUUAUGGAAUGGAAGUGUGGUGCAAGGACUGGUCAGAUUAUUGCUGGUGGAAAUGGAGAAGGAAAAAGGAAUGAUCAGCUAAAUUGGCCAACGGAUGUAAUUGUCGAUCAAACAACCGACAGUCUCCUCAUUUGUGACAGAAACAACAAACGAGUAGUACGAUGGUCUCGUCAUAAUGGUACACAGGGAGAAACUAUCAUCUCGAACAUUGAUUGCUUCAGCUUAACAAUGGAUGAUCGUGGAUUUCUUUACGUCUCUGAUUCGAGAAAACAUCAGGUGAAACGAUAUAAAGUUGGAGAAAAACAUGGAAUUGUGGUGGCAGGUGGCAAUAGAGCUGGUGAUCGUCUCGAUCAACUCAGUUUUCCUACGUAUAUAUUUGUCGAUAAAGAAUAUUCAGUGUACGUGUCGGACAUGGACAACGAUCGUGUCAUGAAGUGGACGGAAGGUGCAAAAACAGGUAUAGUCGUAGCAAGUGGUCAAGUAAUUGGAGAUGAUUGGACAAAUGCUUUAUCACCGGAAGGAAUUGUCGUCGAUAAUUUGGGCACAGUUUAUAUAGCAGACAGCAGCAAUAAUCGAAUCAUGCGUUGGCCAAAAGAAAGUACACAAGGGAGCGUUAUUAUUGACGAGAAUAGCCAACGAGGACAAGCAAGGUGGUGGUUUCAUCCAGAAGGUUUAACGUUCGAUCGAUAUGGUUAUCUCUAUGCUGUUGAUAGUUUUCAUGCUCGAGUAAGAAAAUUCCAACUCGAUUCAAUUACAAAUUAA